AUGGGUGAGCAAGCCCACCACGCAGCCCCAGUGUGCUCUGGCACCAGCUCCAGGAGAUGCCAGGACCUAGGAGACUCGAUUCUUCUGAUUCUGGGCAGCUUCAUCUUGCUCAACGUGGGGAUCAAUGUGGUGACUCUGCUCUGGAGGCAUCUGAAGAGCUCCUUGCGGAUUCUUUUCCAUCAUUUUUUCCCCAAAGACAAGCAACCCAACUCUCUAGGCAACCAUCCCGUGGCUAUGCGCUCCUCUGUGGACCCCAAGAACCUAUGCUCAAGAGCCUUUUCCCGCUUCCAUCGUUGUCCAAGCCUCCUGCUCAGGAGCCCUAACCAGCUUGACUCCUGCAUACCAGAUACGAAUGAUGAGAAGGAAUCUAGGUGCUACUGGAUGAAGCCUCAGUAUGGACACGCCAGGGCUCCCGUAGAGACUCUAAGGGGACUGUGGAAGGAGGGGAUGAAGGGAGCUAGGGAGGCCCCUCAACUCAUAGCCUCAAAGGCCCCAGGCACCUAUCUCUGCAGGCAAGAGACAGCUUCCCAGUUUCUCAAGAUGAGCAAGUUGGAUCCAGUUCCACUCUGCUUGCCCCAAGGGAAUAAGACUAAGACCCCAGAUUAUGCCCCAGCCCAGACACGGACCCACCCCCCACCCCGACCCCCUGAGCACACCCCUACCCAGGCCCAUAUCCACCCCCCACUCCACCCCUUUGAGCACAUCCCCACCAAGGCCCAGAUCUGCCCACAACCCCGAACCCCUGAGCACACCCCCACCCAGGCCCAGACCUGCCCCCGACCCCCUGAGCACACCCCCACCCAGGCCCAGAUCUGCCCCCCAGUGCACCCCUCUGAGCACACCCCCACCCAGGCCCAGAUCUGCCCCCGAGUUCACCCCUCUGAGCACACCCCCACCCAGGCCCAGAUCUGCCCCCCAGUCCACCCCUCUGAACACCGCCCUACCCAGGCCCAGAUCCACUCCAUAGUCUGCACGCCUAAGCACACCCCUACCCAGGCCCAGACCCGCCCCCCAGUCCACCCCUCUGAGCACACCCCCACCCAGGCCCAGGUCCACUCCAUAGUCUGCACCCCUGAGCACACUGGCACCCAGGCCCAUGGCCCUGAGCAUACCUCAGCCCACACCCUGGCCCAGGCCCCAGCCAAGGUUUCCUCGCAUGCCUUAGGCCACUCCAUGGACUACAUACUUGAGCAUCUAACAGUCCAUACCCCAACCAGCAACCCUGCUCAUCUAACCUAUACCCAUGCCCACACGUUGGUCCCUCCCCCACCCUCUGCCCCAGACCCUCCUCUAACUUCUGCCCUUGCUACUACUCCUGCCCCAGCCCCUGUUCCAAAAUUUGCUUCAAUCCUUGCCCCAGCACUGGUCAUGGCCCCAACUACCACUCCAGUUCCUACUCCUACCCCUACCUCCACCCUUACCCACAGCCUAACUCCUAUUCCCUCUACCCUGACUGUCUUCAAUCAAGACCUCUCCACUGGCCAUGUGAUCUAUGCUACCCCCAUGGUAAAGAAGAACUUAUUCUAUGGGUGCCCCACCCAGAACACUGGGUAUUCCAGAAAGGACUUGGGUAGCCUCUCCAGGCCCCAAGACAGAGAGGGCCUGAUAAACUCUUGUAAAGUCGAGCAAACAUCGAAGCAACUUAGUGGGGAUACUGCCAACACCUCCACAGGAUCCACAGUAGGUUACCUGGAGUUGGAGAAUAUGGGAUGGAAUAACUCAAAUGAUGCCAAAGACAAGUUCUUACAGCCUAAGACCUUCCCUUACAGCAGCUUCCAUCCUUGCAAUUCUGAGGGGAAAGAAACAGACUCCCAGCCUCCAGUCUAUCCCAAAUUCCUGGUCUACUCCAAGGAUGAUUCACCUUCUCAACCUUGCUUUCAUUCUCCCACCAGUGUCCAGAAUUCAAUGUACACUGCUCCUCCACCAUGCACUCUUUCUCUCCCUCUUGUUUCUCCCAGAUCCUUUGUUCUUCAACAAUCUACCAACCACCAGGUGAAGCCUUCCACCUCAACACAAACCCCCACCUUACCUCCAAUCUCGAUACCCUCUUCCCAGUUUCCCAUCCCUUCCCAGUUCUCCACCAUUUUCCAACCCCCAAUCCAACCCCAAUCUUCUGAACUUCAUGAGAGACUAGGCCUCACCCAAGACUCUGGCCUCCUAAGAACCCCAGGCCCUUCAAAAGACUUUAGAGUUUCCAAGAACCCAGGCCUCGAUCAAGAUCCAGGCCUAAAAAAGCUGCCAGGCCUUACCCAACAUCCUCAUCUCUGCAAGAGUUCAGGGCCUGCCCAAGACUCUGGCCUUCGCAAGAAUCUAAUUACCCAAGAGUCUGUCCCUGAAAAGCGCCUAGGUCCGCCUCAAAAUGUAGGUAUUCUUAGGAGCCCAUGUCUCACCCAACCCUCUGGCCUCCAUAAGAACCUAACAUUUCUCCAAAAUUCUGACAUUCAGAGGAGCUCAGGCUUUGUGCAAGAGACUGUACUCUGCAAAAGUCAAGAUCACUCCCAAACAACUGGCCUCCAUCACAGCCCAGGCCUUUCUCAAGAUUCUGGAGGUUACAAGAGUACAGGUAAUGCCCAAGAUUGGGGAGUCUCCAGAAGUCUAGGCCUUACCCAAGAUUCUGGCCCACAGAAGAGCCCAUGCCUUGCCAAACACUCGGAAGUAAACAAGAGCUCAGGCCAGGAAUCUGGCCACUACAAAAGCCCGGGCCUUGCCCAAACCUGUGGCUUCCAUAAGGGCUCAGGCCUCACCAAAGACUCAGGAGACUACAGAAAUCUAGGCCUGACUAAAGAUUCUGACCCCUAUAUGAAUCCAGGCCUUAUCCAAGCCAAUGAAGCAAAAAAGAAAUGUGGCUUUGCCCAAGAUGUUGGAAUUCACAGGAGCCCAGAACAUAUUCCAAACCCUAACUUCCACAAGAACGCAGGAAUUAAUCAAGAUCCUGGCCCACAGAAGGGCCCACGCCUUACCCAAGACUCUGGCCUCCCCAUGACUCACGGCCUUACCAAGGAAUCAAGCCUCCACAAGGACUCAUGCCUUAUCCCAAAUCCUGACUUCCACAAGAACCCAGACCUUGCUCUAGGUACUAACUCUGUCCAAGUCUUGGGUCCCUCUCAGACUCCAAAGUCCUCGCUGCCCUCGACAAAGUCAUUUGUAUAUGAAGAGACUCCUCGGAAGAAUGCAGAGCAGCAUCUCCCACGGACUCCUGACCCACUCGGUCAGCACUCCUGCCCUUCCAAGGCCCAGGUGAUCUACAGUGACCUGCAAACCUUCUCAGAGAUACCUGUAUUGAUUGAGUUACAACCAUCCUCCCAUCGAGUAGGUGGCCAAGAAUGGGUGUACCGUCCUGUGAAUACAGCUCCUCCAGCUAGCCAGAACUAUCACCAGAUGGCUAUGCCUCCCAAAACCAACUUGAAGACUCACUGCGCUGGGUCAGGCAGCCGGGUAGGGCAUGUGGUCUUUGAUGCCCGCCAGAGGCAGUUCGGAAUGGGCAGAGACAAGUGUGAAGCUCUAUCUUCCAGGCGCCUUCGCCAAGAGGCACCCAGCAACUCAGCGGAGAACACUGAGUGGGGAUAUCAGUGUGUAAUGAGGCCCUCGGAAAAAGAGGGGACCAAGGUGCAUUAGGAAUAAAGAGGCGAGAGAAAUGUUCUGUGAUUGAUUGAGGACAUCCACCCCAGCCCCACUGCCGACA